GAUAACAGAACAACAAGGUGCUUAUUAAAUGGAUAAAAAGCAACACAUAUAUAAUUACAUUAUAAUACAUCUGUCCUAACUGAAUUCUUAUGAUCAUUGUUUCAUACAUCAAAGAAUAUUCGCGAAAACUGACAUCACUCUUUUGACUGCGUAAUUAUAGCUUCUUGAAUAUAAAUUAACUUAUAAACUGAAAUAUAUCUAAGCAGUUAGCGUUUACAUAGCAUUAAGGAGAUGAUACGUGAUGUUUAUUUUCCACUAACCAUUCAUCAUAGCAGCGGGAAACCGUAACCAGAGCACUAUAGUAUGAUUAUAUCGUAUUGAUAUUACAGAUCCGAACGUAGGCUGCGCGCAUAGCAUGUUUAGAGCUUGUAGAGUGAUCGUUAUUCUUAUUUAAUGAGAAAGAACUGUUAUAUUGUGCAUUUGACGUGUAGCUAAGCGACAAAUUUAGAGGCCAAAUAAAGGACUGAUUUCGUUCAAUAACUUACCGUUCGACACUCGAAUCUCACAUCUGCAUCUUUGUAUGACAAGAUGUCCUGAGCAAGAUUUGGAUGUUUUAGUUUAUGUGUUGGAGAAUAGCUGAAUGGCUGUAUAGUCUGACGAUGCGACCACAGAAUGAAGUAGAGCAAAAUGAACAGAAUCCAUCGAAAUCUUCCUUGUACACACCAAUGGCAUGGGUUCGACAUUUCAGUAUUGAAGACAAACUUAGAAUCGACAAUGUAAAUUUGAUGCCCAGCACGGGAUUAUGCUCCUUUGAGUCGUCCAUGAAAACGCUGAACGGAAUGGAAAUUGUCAGGAAAAUCAUUUUACAACAUUUGCGAAGAUGUUCCACUGUUGCAUGUUGGUUUGGCUUUAUUUCUGCUGCUUUAGCGGUUAUAGACGUUGAACUAACGCAUCAUUUGCACUUGAACACAAAUGAACGACAGCAAACAAUUUCUUCAUUAAGUAUACACAUUUUCAGAGCAGAGGAAAUUGUAAGCGUUGUAGCAAAAUGUCUUAUAUCCAUGCUUACAUUCAUAAUGUGUAUCAAUAUCUAUCUAACAUAUGCGAGCAUCUGCAAAUUUGACAUUGCUAGAAAUCUCUUGCCCGAUUCUGCCACCGUUUUUAACUCGAAUUUACUAAUUUAUUAUGUAUUGGAGAGUGUUUUGUGCGUGUUUCACGUACCUCCACUGGCCGACCAUUACUUGGGUUUAUCUUACAAGCUUCAAUUAUUAGUACUUGUACGAAUGUAUGCUUUUGCUCGUUAUAUGAAAGAACACAACCAAUUUACAAGGAAUAAAACUUGUAUGUUCUUAGCUUCUGUAACGAGAACAGAGCUCUCAAAUAUGUUUUUGCUCAAGACAUUUGUCAAAAAGAUGCCUUUUCGCGUUCUUGUGUCCACUUACCUGGUGAACAUAUUUCUUGGUGCAUUUGUACUUUAUGUUAUCGAAGCGAAGGAUUCUUACCUUGAUUAUACAUGGAUGGUUGUAGUAACCAUGACUACGCUUGGUUAUGGUGACGUGGUUCCAGUGACUCUUAUCGGUCGUCUAAUUGUUGGUUUGAUGUCAGUUCUGGGUAUAUUAUUAAUGGCUUUACUGGUAUCGGUUGUCAAUGACACAUUGCAGUUGAGUCAAAAUGAGAAGCGCAUACUGGCACAUUUGGAAAAUGCAGAGCAGAUCAAUCGUAAGAAAAUUGCUGCAGCUUCUUUGAUUCAAAGUUAUUGGAGGUUCAAUCGUUACAUUGUAUGUAAUCGUGAGCAUUUGGCGUGGAAUAACCGUCGAAAGAUUGUGUAUUUAAAAAAGCUCAAGAAUCAUCUUUAUACAAAUCUUCAUCGCUGGAGAAAACAUAAAAGAAUAAAUAGUGAUCAUUGGUAUAAGGAAUUUGUUGCUGAUAAUCUAGCAAUGAUGGUAACCGACUUAAGUCGAGCAGUGGACAAGGUCCAAAUUACAAUGAACAGAAUGAAAUUUGGCCAGUCUCGUGGUAGGAAGACUAGCUCGCAGUUAGCAAGAAAGGAAUUAUCUAGAGAAUGCACAAUUAUCGAAGAAAACGAGGUGCCGUGUUGCUAUCCCAACAGAGGUCACAGGAACACCAGAUCACACUCGGAGCCCGACAAAACUGUAUCGAAGCAAUUUUAUUCAAGCCAUUGUUCGGUGCCAGAAAUAAGAAUUUUCUCUCACGCCUCUUGUAAUGAAACUGCUUCUAACAACAGUCGUAUGAUGCACACUGAUCAGAAUGAUUUGCAAACGGAGUUUGAAUUGAAAGUUGAAGCGAUGGAGAGCUUCUUAGAUGAUUUUUACAUGAAAGUUAAGCCACGCAUGCGCGAACUAAAGAAGAUUGUUCAAAGCGAAAAGAUUUUGAAAUAAAACUUUACAGAAGAAUGGUUUCAAGGCACUUUAAUGUACUCCAAGGUGUAAGUACUUCUGGGUCUUCAAAUGUCACUUAAAACUUCUGCCAUAAAGGCAACAUGCUCAGAAAAUAAAAUCUAAAGUUCCACUCAGCGUAUUUGUGAAUGGUUUAAAAUGAAAAUAUUUACGCGCAGAACACAAAAUGCUGAAGACAUAAAUGCGAAAACUUGUAAAAACGCAGUACAUGAAUGUAAGAGAAACAAGUUCACAAUUGAAAUACAGGAUAAACUGCUGAACCUUACUCCUCAACCAUUAUUUAAGGUGUCAAUGAUUUAGUGUUUUACUGGGUCAGAAACAUGUGACUUUGUAAUAUUCAAUAGUUAGGUUUUAUAUGGCCUCCAUUUCUAUACCCUCAAUAUACGCUCUGAUAUCUACUCUAUAUAAUUGAAAGAGUUACCACAAAAUAUAUGCUUUUACUUUACAGAUAAUUUACUUUUCACGUUGCUUAUUUGUUAAACGUAGAAUAGUCUUUUAAUUACAUUUGGAAAUUAAAAUUAUAUUAACGGAGAAAAACUGUUUUGGAAAGUCAGAGAAGAAACGAAAAAUUCUUCAAUGUCGUUACCAUAACAACAAGCUUAAUUAA